AGCUGACAUGGACAGAAUGAGGAGGGGCGUCUCACUGGUCUUAGAAAGAAGAGCUCAGAAAGCUGGGGUGUCACAAGGGAGUUGGAAGAGUGAAACGUUCUUACGUGAAAUGUAUAUGGAAGAAGCAACAUUUACAGGAACUGAGAUGUUGUUACAAAUAUCUUCAUGGAAGAGUUCACGUGGGAGUUGUAGAGGCAGGUGGUGUAAAAAGUCUUGCAGAAAGUGGUUAGGAAUCAUUCAUUUCAUGAGGAAGUGGUCUCCAGGGAAUUAGUUUCUAGUAGUGUAUGCACAGAAAAUUGGCUGAGUCUCAGAGGAGCAUCUGGAGGCAGAUGUCUCAGGAGAGCAUAGCAGGGAAGGAUGCUACCAGUAGUCUUUACAAACUACCUGGCUUGUUCCAUAGCUCCUUCUCCAAGACAGGAGAGGAAAAGUUAGCUUCUCUAAUGUGUAUUUACAUUUGUUUUUUUCUAUAUGGAAUAUGAUUUGGCGGUCUUUUACACACUUAAUUCUUCUAUUCUGCCUAUGGAGAUAGUACUUCAAACAGACUGCAAUUCAAGCACCAAUGCUGCACAGCUGUUAAUAAGUAGGAAAUUAACUGUUUCUGCAAUAUAUAAGGCUUACCCGACUUCUGAGUCACUACCUGAAAACCACAGGCAAAGAAUUUCUUCUCAGAGGUUGAGACGGGAAAGACAAAUGUCUUGGAUAUCUCUUGUAUCCUAAAUUAUUCUAAUUAGAUUUGCCUAGUGGCCUGCAGGGAAAUUCAGGUCUUUCCUCAUGGAACCAUAAUAGAAUAGAAAAGUUUCUUUUCCUAGGUUUUGCUUAGGAGAGAAAGAAAGAAUAAAAAUAAUAGGAAAGCUAAAAUAUGGUAACAUAUUCAAAGUUGAUUAUAGUUGUAACACAGUGAUUGACUUAGUCAUCACUAAGUUUGGUUUUUCUAUAAGUAAUAAGUGAACUCUGGUACAUAUUUUCUCACAAGUUACUGAGUAAUGCUAUGUAUGCAGGAUAUUCAUAGCAUUGAUGAAUCCUACUACCUGGGUGUUAGAGUAACAGCUGAAAAAAUUUAUGAAAAAGGGCUUUAAGAUAAAUGUAUCUUUCUUACAAAUGUUAUAUAUAUUCUGCAUAAACCCUAGCAUUUCGGUGUACUGAAGAGUGUGUAAGCCUUCUGGUUGGUCUGAACAAUUCUUAUUCUAGGACGUUAUCACUAGGACUUACUAUUUUUCCUCUUUGUGUAGUUGCACCAACUGUUUGUUACAGCACACUGCUUUCUGCAUUAUGGUGCGAGCUUCCACCUCGUUUUCAGUCUCUAUAGCAACACUGUUUCUCAGCAACUGGGAGACGCUUUGUAAAGACCCCUCAAUUUAGAAAUAUUGCACUCCAACCAUAAGAAAAAAUUGCUUUGAAACAAAGAUCAAAGAAGUUUUAUCUUUAAUAAUUCAGGAUAUUUAUUACUAAUUAAUUAGUAUUCUCUGUUUUGACUGCUUAGACAAUUACCUGAUACUUUGAUCUGGGCCUUUGCCAGGCAUUUGUUGUGAACAGCAUUCAUUUAAAAGCAAAAUGUUUAGAACUGUGUCUUGAAGUCAACUUUUAAAUGCUAUAAAACUACUGGACUUUUCUGGCAGUGUCAUCUGACUUCUGGGCCUUUAGUAAGUAGCUGAGAGAAAGGUAAGUGCUGUUACUGUAUUUAAGAGGAGACUGUAAUUUCAGCCUUUGAACAUAACAUAGAAUGUUUUCACCCUUCACGGGAAACAAAAGUAAUUGUAGUUUGUUUUAUGCAUAUUUAAAAUGUUGAUCAUAUGUUGUCUGAUUUCAAAAGAAGGCAGGCCUCUGUGAUCAAGUCAGUUAAUCUAUUGGGAGAUUUCUGCCUUACUUAAUCUGUUUUGUCUUUCUCUGUACUUUAUUAUGUAACAUGCUUACAAUGCAUUUUAUUUGCUAAAGUACAUAUUCUGAGAACCUGUAUAGGCAAACAAAAUACAUGUAAGUAAUCAAACAUGUUACUCUUCUUGCACUUUCCAAUAGGAUUCAAGAAUAAGGCUACUCUUGUUCUGCAUAUGAGACUAUUUGUGUUAAUGGUAUCGGGGUUUACAACUGUAAAAAAAUAUUUCCUGUACAUUUGUGAUAAUUUUAAAAUUCUUUUUUGUUUUGUGGAAGUGUUUUUAAUUAUUAAUAAAGGGGUCAUGUAGCUGAAAUACAACACACUGACUGAAAUAGUGUAUCAAUGAGCAGAGUUAGUUGAGAUUUGCUGGCAGGCAGAUACUGCUUCUACUUUCAUAUUAUGUUCAUUAUAAAGUAGAUGUGCUAACAUUGAAGUAGAUCCUGUUCAUUUCACCCAAGCACUCCUACUGCAGUCAAGAUGUGGUCUCUCCAUAGAGUUUUGUAUAUAAAAAUGUAGAGUGUACAUAUGUUAAUAAUGCCUUUCAUAACUUUUUGGAGGGAGGGUUCAUGGGUAUGAUGUUAUGAUGUUGCACAAUGACAGCCAGUUUGGUAAAACACAUAAACACAUACUUAACUUUGAGACCACAAAUACCCUAGUACAAGAGUAUAGUGUGUUUAUCCAUCUGGGUAAUUUAAAGGUUAGACAUUACACUGUACUGGAUAGAGAGCUUGUCAUCUUACAGUAAGUAUCAAGUACUAAUAGAUUAUGCAUGCUGUCUAACUCGGUGAAGUCAGUGGAUCUGUUCUUAUUUGAGUGAGCAAAUUCUAAUGAGUGAGUUCUAAUUUAAGUGAGUUUAACCUGUGUAUUUUUACAUUCAUCCUUUUGCUUUACUUUAUGUACCUUUGGUGGAAAGAAAAAAAGGAGGAAAACAUGAGACAAGCUGUGUGUUUAACGCCUAAUGCCAUCUGUUCAUUUCAAAUGGAUCCAGACUUGCAGGAGGCUUUCAAUGAUGUUCAGAGCUCCGUCUACAGAACAGCCCUAAAACUACGCUCAGUACAAAGUCUGUGCCAGUUGGAUUUGAUUGAUGUUUCUCUGGUUCAGCACAUCCUAUCAAGUGAACAGAGCCAGAGGGAAAAGCAGAUUUCUCUGAAAGUGCAGCAGAUCUCUGGAAUGCUGACAAAACUGUUCCAAAGGGUGAGAUUAGAAAAACCAGGCCAGGUAGAUCCAAGAGCUGCUGGAUUCACAUUGAGCCUGCUAGCUGCCAUAUAUGACAGAUCUGGAACAGGUUAUAUCAAAACUAGAUCUGCUGCAGCUGCCCUAAUUGCCCUUUCAGGAGACACUCUACUGGCUAAAUACAGAGCUUUCUUCCAGUUUUAUGCUGUCCCUGAUGGGAAGGCAGCCUUGAUUACCCGUAGUGCCCUGAGAAGCCUACUAACAGACUUAAACAAGAUCCCAGCCAUUGUGGGAGAAAGCUGCACUCUGUCUUGUGUGGAAAUUGCGACUCACAGCUGUUUCCAUGGGGUUCUGAAUUCAGCAAUUGUUGAAGAAAAAUUCCUCUCUUGGCUGAGAUCGGAGCCUGCUGUUCUCCUGUGGCUCCCUACAUGUUACAGAUUAUCAGCCACAGAAAUGGUUUCUCACCAAGCUAGGUGUAGAGUCUGCAAAAUUUUCCCCAUUACAGGCCUCAGGUAUCGCUGUCUGAAGUGCUUCAAUUUUGACCUUUGCCAAGUCUGCUUUUUCACUGGUCGUCUCCCCAAACCACAUAAGAGGUCACAUCCUGUUGUGGAACACUGUGUGCAGAUGUCAGCAAAGGCGAAUGCAAAGCACUUUCUCCGCACCAUCAGGAACAACUUGUUUCAAGAGCGCUGCAGAAGAAAGGAGGCUCAGAGAAGGAGGGCUCUGGAGGUAGUGGAGGAGAGGCACUUCUCUACUCACAAAAAGACUUUUCCCCCUGCAGAAUUUAGUGCUUCACCACUACCUGGCCCUGAAAACCUGUGUUUCCCAGUGGAUAGACCUGUCCUGAAGUCACCCAAGUUCAUAUCUGAAAACAGAACUGUAAUGCAGAAGAGUGAGAGUAGCAGCAAGACACCAGAGCAAGGCAAGACAAAAGCUCAGGCAAUAGCCUCUUUUGAAGCAGAUGUGUUAAAAAUGCACAAAUCCAUCAGAAGCAUUUACAAUGAGAACAGGUACAUGAAGAAGCAGUUCAAUAAAUGGAAGGACAAAAUGCAGUUUCUUCACAACUUCCAGGAAGACAAAAGCUGCAAAAUAGAGGCAAAGCUCCAAAGCCUGAGAGCAAGCCAUGAAAACCUGCAAAUGAAGCUGCAGCAAAUGAAGCAAGAAGUAAAGACAAUGUUACAGUCAUCAGAGCAUCCUUUUGCACAGUGUCAGAAUACGAUGCCAAGAAAUCCACAUGUCCUGCUGGAAAGGAGAAUGCAGGGUGGAUUAAAUCCUGCCCAAAUAAAGCCUACUGCCAGAACAUGUGCAGACUGGAAAUCUUGGAAUUCCCCCAACUCUGCAAAUAGAUUACAGCUUUUACAGACAUCUGAGGUUCCCAUUGCAGUGGACUUCAUGUUCUCAGAAGACCCACUGGAGUCAGUGUCCCUGCAGAGCAACAGACCUUUUAUGGGACAGUAUAAAAAAGCAAAAGAGAAUCAAACAUAUCUGCCUGAAUUGACAGAAAACUCCUUCGGUGGCAUCAUGAGGAAUACAGUUCUUACUCCCACUGCAGUGCAGAUACCACCUGAUGAGAAGGAAGUCAGUGAGGAAGUAGAACUGCAGCAGCUAGUGAUGAAACUGAAGGAAGCAUUGUCUCUCCAAGCCCAACCAGCUCAACAGUCUACUUUGCAGCAGGAGUUCUUCUCUAAAGCUGAAGAUGUUUGCAGAUCCUUUUCUGACCUCAUCAACCAAGUAACUUCAAGCUUGUAAAUGAUGGAAACUACUAUUCACCUUACAGCUUCACUGAACUAUUGA